AUGCCAUCCUUGGCUGCCAUUGGCCCCAGUUGGGAUUCUCCAACAUCUUCCCUGACAGUCUCACUGCCACCUAGAUUGCUGUUGGCAUCUGCACAAAUUCCACCAACUGUGCCAUCUCCCCCUAAGCAUGGAUGGAUGGAUGAGCAGUCAGAUGAUGCAGCAGCCUCUGAGCCACAGGCCAUCCUGGCUACAUCAUGGCAACCAUCUCCAUGGCCUACAGCCACUGAUGCUGCCAGUGUGCUGCAACAGUUCACCAGUGACUUGGGUAUACAAGGAAUUCAUGACAAAGGGCCAAUUACAACAUCAGUGGAAAAAGUAUGGCAGCUUGUGGUUCUUCUCUUGGGACUGGCUGAUGAGCACCCACCCCAUCUUAACACCACCACCAAUGGGCCAAUCAUUGUGGCCUACAACCACUACAGCAAUAUAUUGGUGGAAUCAAGCAUCCAGUUUUGCCUGUUGCUUGCAAGGAGAGCACAGCUGGCAAGGACUCAGCAAUACAUACAAGAUUUGAUGACCAGGGAUUGGGAUGGUGAGGAUGAAUUGGAACUGGAUGAGGAUUUAUUGUAA